CAGGACCCGGCGGUGGCAGACUCCUCCUCCCACCAUGGCUCUGCCUCUCCCAUAAUAUCACUCAUCAACACCAUGGCUAGGGCCUCUAAGGACAGCGGCAAAACGGAGCAGACACCCCUCCCACACCCUCAGGAGAAUGCCAAGCCCGACGACUGGAUGGACACGUUCCAGGCCCCAGGGCGUGUAACGACGAAGUUUGUGGAUCCCUGCAAACGCGCCGCCAAGGCGUCGAUGGAUUGCCUCAACAGAAAUGAAUUCGACCGUGACCAGUGCCAUGACUUCUUUAGGGCUUACCGGGAUUGCAAGAAGGAUUGGCUUGAUCAGCGCAAGGCUGACCGAUAUGCGGGUCGGGAGUAAUGCGGCUGUUCGUUUCGCCUGCGUUGACGACCUACAAACGAUGUCCUUCCACGUACGAGACGAUGUCCCAAAUUGUUGUGGCACUUGUCAUCGGCGUGCGUCUUCUCCGGUUCGUACGGACGGUGUUUGAAUGAGCUAGGUCUUGUACUGUACUCGAGGAUACAAGGUUUGACGACUACGGCCCUGAGCAGCUGCAUCAUUGUAGUGAUUCUGAAGGCCCUCGAUGUGUCAUGGACCCUGGUGCUCCGUUGUCACUUGGACCAAGCAAACGAAAGAGACCUUGUCAUACCGCGUAUGCGGUCUAUGCCAGGCGUGUGGACGCAAUUCGCUCUAUAAUGUUUCACACCUGGUUAGGCGAGGCGAGAAGGGGGUUCACCGUAGCCGCAUAUAAUCUUCAAGUAGUGCAUACAUAUGCCCAUGAUCACACGAAAGUUUGAACUUGAG